CCCAAAAGAAGAUUUCGGGGAAAGAGGGGAGAAAAAAGAAACUAAAGUUGGAAGCAGGAAGUGGGUUAACGGCUUCCCUUGGGAAUGUUGCUUUUGCUCCUUACUCCAUGACCCUCUUCCUCCUUAAAUUCCCUUCCCCUUUCUCUCUGCCGUUACCUCUCCGAGAGAAACACGCCAUACGUGCACUGGUAAACUGUCUUCCUACCUAGGAACAACAACAACAAAGAAAACAGCUUUUCUUUGGUUGAGGGUAAGAAGAAUCCAGGAAAGGAUAUGGGUGUUGAGUGGGGAGCUAGACUUCUGGUUCUAGCUUUAGUUUCUUCAAUAGCUUUUGCUGAUCCUCUUGUUCCAGCAUUUAUCAUCUUUGGAGACUCAAUUUCUGAUGUGGGGAACAACAACAAUAUCACUACUCCAAUCAAAGCAAACUUCCUUCCUUAUGGAAGGGAUUUUGUUACUCACAGCCCGACUGGGAGGUUCUGCAAUGGGAAGCUGGCUGUAGACUUCACUGCUGAGUAUUUGGGUUUUGACACAUACCCACCACCCUAUCUAAGCCAAGAAGGCCGAGGAGGGAAUGCUAUAACUGGAGUCAAUUUUGCUUCAGCCGGGUCGGGUCUGUUUGAUCUCACAGCAAUGACAUAUGUGAGUUUCCCAAACUCAUGCAUCAAGCAGACCAAAGGUAUAACUUGUUGGGUCUUGACUAUCUUUCUUGUGGUAUUUUUGCAGGGAGCAAUUUCAUUAACACGGCAGCUGAACAAUUAUAGGGAAUACAAGAGAAGCGUGGUGAACACGGAGGGAAGCAAAAAAGCAAAUGAGAUAUUCUCUAAGGGAAUCCAUCUGCUGAGUGCUGGAACUAGUGACUUUGUUCAGAACUACUACAUCAACCCAGUUCUAAGGGGACUCUAUAUAACACCCAAUCGGUUCUCUGACCAGCUCAUGAGAUCUUACUCUACUUUCAUUGAGAACCUGUAUAAACUUGGAGCCAGAAGGAUUGGAGUGACGAGCCUGCCACCAACGGGGUGUUUGCCUGCAGCCAUUACUCUCUUUGGUCUUGGGAGCAACAAUUGCGUUGAGAGAUUGAACCGUGAUGCCAGUUCCUUCAACCAGAAGCUGAACACAACUUCUCAGGGUCUUGUGGCACGAUACCCUGACCUUAAACUUGUUGUCUUUGAUAUUUACAAGCCCCUCGUGGACUUGAUCAACAAGCCUAGUGACAGUGGGUUCUUCGAGGCAAGAAAAGCUUGCUGUGGAACGGGUAUGCUAGAGACCUCCUUGCUAUGCAAUGCAAGAUCUCUGGGUACAUGUUCUAAUGACACAUCAUAUGUGUUUUGGGAUGGAUUCCAUCCCUCUGAAGCUGCUAAUGAGGUCCUCGCACAAGAUCUGCUGGAAGCAGGAUUCUCCCUCAUAUCAUGAAUCGCUCCAGAAGUCCUACAACAGCUUCAAAAUCUACUCCCUGAAGAUACAUGUACUUCAUUUACAAAAUGCCUUUGGUUUGUUACUAAUAGUACUCAGGGCUAGCUUCUAGCUUUUCUUUUAGUAUAGUUCUGCAUUGUUUGAAUAAAAGAUCACUGUUGUCUAUGAGAAGUUGGCAAUUCAUUCCAGUUAUUGAGCUUCAAAAGUUACCUGAAUAUGAUUGAGUUGAAGCCUGGAAAUUUCCUAGGAAAGCUCGAACCCUGUGUUGGAACUGAUAGCAUAAAGAAGCUUUGCUCGCAAAGUGCUGGCCC